AGUUAGCGCGCGGUUGCCAUGGCGAUCUACUAACCACACGAUCGGGGGGGGGAAAGUAACAAUGCGAGCAAGUAAGUCAUCACAGCACAAGGUAGACAUUACGGUAACGUUGGAAAGUGCGAUUACAGCUGCAGAAGAGCAGACGAAUCAAGGAGAAAGUCAGCGAAAACGUAUUCUAUCGCAAAGCGCAGAGACCAGCAAGCCCCAACGUUUCUUUCACUAUGAGUAUCGCCUUUUGCCAGGAGACGUUGAGCUGGUCAAAGCUGACGUCAUAACAUAUGGGAAGAAUGCAAAGGUUUACACAGACACAGACUCGAAGGUACUCAAGACUUGGAGAGAAGGAGAGCUCGUCUAUUUUGCUUGGUCUCAGAGUCGAAAAAUUGAUGUGACCAAAGAUCUUCUACUAUUGCUAUUCAACCACACACUCGAGUUACAUAUUUGGGACAACAAAGACAAGGUAUCACCACGUGCUCGCUUUGACAGACCAAAAGGCUUCAAGAGUGGUCAACUGCCUGGUCGAGAAACAACACCAGACGUCACCCACAGCACCACCCAUGAUUUCAAUCAACAAAGUCCUUUACCAAUGCUAACCAAAACGAAAACCACAAAGAGCAAGCUGCACAUGUUGGGUCCUCCUGAGGGCUACAUCCCCUCGCCUCCAUCACCUAGCUCUUUCCAGACAACUCACUUGCCUUUUGAUAGACAUGGUUCCAUUUCCAGAGGUGACCGGUCAUUCACUCCUGAUAGUAUAGGCAGUGACACUGGUCAGAAAGAUCAAAGAAAGAGUCGUAGGCAGAUGCGAUCAAAACGCGGAGAGCAAUCAAAUGUUACAAAACAGGAAAUUGCAAUCUUAACGCUUCCAAUGGCUCAGCUGUUUUCCGGCCAGUCGGAGAUUAGUGUUCAACUGAAUGGUCCUUCGGCUGAGUUGCGUGAUGCAAAGAUUAAAGUGUCAAUCAGUGGCCCUCUAAUGAGUGAGAAACAGAACUUGGAGUUGAACCCAAUAUCAGUUAUUGUGAGGGGUGCAACAAGGAUGCCCAAAGAACCAAUUGUGUAUGAUGAAUUAAGACAGAGGUGCAUCCCAGCUUACUGUAGUUACAAGUUCUUCAAACAACGUGAACACAAAACGUGCAGUCAUCCACAGAACAUCAAUAUUCUAUGGGAAGACACAAGCGUCAUUCUCUUGGGAACACUAGAUAAAGCCCUCAUAGUUGAGUGGCUGCGUGGACCACCAUUUGUUGUUGAAGUACAUGACAGAGAUAGGAAGUAUGAAGAUCUGAAGAGGCGGCCAGAAGUGUUUGGCAAGUUGACCUAUGAUGAUAAGAUCGGCAGCUUAGAUCUAAUUGCAGGCCGACAAGCUCCUCAUAAUCCAUACAAAGGUCCACUGAAACCAUGGGAUCCAUUUGGCAUAGCAAAGUUUGACUUGUCUGAGUUACUUCAUGGGGCAAGCCUACUUUGCCUCUCUUCUCCAAUCAUCCAAUGCUCAAGACCAAAUCUUAAUGAUGAAGUUCUUGUGGACUUUCAUUCAGGGGACCCAAAUGCCAGUCCCAUGCCAGCAGGCCAUUAUCUUGAGAGUGGCAGUGAACUCAAGCUGAAGAUCAAACUUGACCAUCCACUCAUAUCAACUCUUGCAACCCCAACAAUAACCAAAUCAGUCACAAGCACAACCCCACACUGCCCAUAUGGCCGCAUGAUCUACAUUUUCCCAUGCCAAGAAAAAUCUCUUCUAAAUGAUCUGAUCUCCAAGGUGACAUCAAUUAAUGCUGCUGCAUUUGGUUUUGGUGACCUUCCAAAAGAAGUGGCAGAACUAGCACUGUCAACAUACAAACUGUCCAGUGAACAAAAGCUUGACAAACAGCUGGAUAUUAUCACUGGGUUUCAAGUUGACGAUGGAAAAAACCACAUCUUCAUAUUGGAAGGGCUUGCCACACGUGGUAUACAAGCAAUAUGGACAAGAAUUCAUCACCCAGACUGCAAUGCAACUGGCACAGCUCUCUAUUCCUCUGAAAUGGCUUUCUCUGAACGUUUAUAUGCAAAUCUUGAUGUUGAUUUGUGUCAAGUUCGACUACAUGAGCCAAUUUCUCAUAUUGUCAGUCAACCGCUACUAUAUGUCAGAGGCAUGAUCCCAAAGCUCUGUUAUGAUGCUCUAACGAUUCUAGACAAGAUUACACAAUCUACAACGUUGGCUGAGGUGUCAAGGAAUGAGCUGUACCCAACAUCAGAAAUGAUCAUUGCACUAAAUCGGGAAUUCGGCAUUCUGCCUGUCAAAACAGCAGACACUCUACAAACCAAAGAAACUACAUCUGAUCAAGACAAAGAAGACAAUCCGACUUGCGCAAAGAAGCCGAAAGAUGUAAAAACAUCUCGCACCUGGACUCCCAUCGAUAACCAAAAUGAGUCUUAUCUUCAAAUUCUCACUGAGCGCAGCCAGAACUCACCGCCAGACUAUGUCAAGAUAAACAGCUUGAAAGUAGAUGCUGGACAGACAAAGCGAAGGAAGAAACACAUACGAAGUUACAGUGAAAAUGCAACUGUAGCUCACAACUACAGCACUCAGACAUUGAAUUCAACUGUUCAAGCAAUGAACAGACUUAGACAGUCCUUGGACAAGAAGGAUCUCUAUACUUAUUGCAAAGAUUUCCAUUCCAUGACACUUGCUCACGACAAUUUAGAUAAAACAUUAGAUUCUAAUCAGAGGAAAUCAUGGCAAACUGCACAAGGAUUCAUAUACCCAGGUGUAAAGACUUCACUUGAAUCAAAUGCAUAUCCAGUAGGACUCGACAGAGCUCGAAUUGAUGAGCUAACAGAGCCAUGGGAAGAAAACAUCCUGCAUGCAAACAAGUUGAAACCUACAGUUGACAGAAUGAGAUUCAGUUGGCCACAGAGAAGGCAAGACAUGGAACUGUGGAGAAAGCCACCAGGUCUCUUUGAUCUGUUACCACUAGGUACCUUAGAUGAAUACACAGACCCUAAGCCAGAGAGAGGAACAGAAAACAAGUUACCAAAUUUCAAAACACACAGACUGUCAUCUCACACUGAGCAGAUAACACAAGGUCCACAUUCAAGUAAUCAAUUGGAAAAACUCAAAGGCAUUCUAAAAGACCUCCCUAACAGACAAUGGAUGAAAGAAUCAGUAAUGCCUGACAUCCCACCAUUUACUGUGAUCAGAGGUAACACCUACAGUAAUGAAAAAGAAAGAUGGCGAGGAUUCUAUCCAGGACCACUAGAAGGGCUCAGUUGGUCACUUCCAGGAAACUCUGUACCAAUCCAUGAUAGACAAGAUGAUAAAUUCAAAGAAAGGACAGGCAAUUAUUGGAGACAAUACUAUUCCACUCAUUCUCCUCUCCACAAGAGACGGAUCGUCCAGCUGACAGAGGAAGAAAUCCACACUCAUCUAUUCCAUACCGUCAAAGAAGCAGUUCCGCUUGCUGACAACUAGAAACGUAGCCUAUGUGCAAACUAAUAGCCCACAGGCAACACUGUUGGUUUGUUGAUGAUGGGGACGCAUAGCAUCUAUAUCAUAUGUCAACCUAUGAAACAAUAUAGAACUGUACGGGAAUGACACAAUACCUAGAGAUAAAUACAAGUGUAAAUUUAGAA